GCAGCGGGCUGCUCCACGUGCUCGGGGAUUUAAACAAGAAUCUACUACACGGAGGAGAGGAGGGGCGGGAAAGUGUGUCACUGGGGCACGAGGCUCUCCGCGCGGUCACGUGGUCCCGUUUUCUGCCGCGUGCGGGCCCGACGGCCCCCGCACAUUCACAUCCCAGCCUGCUGGCUGCGCGCGCGCUCUGUUUGAAAAAAAAAAAAUCCAGAGCGCGUGCAGCGAAAGACAGGCUCCUCGCGGCUGGCAGUCAUCACUUCUGUUACAGUCACUCCGAGGAAGAGCAGAAAGAUGGAGUAAUGGAGUAGAAUCUCACGAGGACGCUUCUUCUUCUUCUUCUGCGGUGUUUAGUCCUCCCCGUUGCACUUUGUCCGCGUGGUGAUGCGGUCGGCGUAGCGGAAGAUAUCCGGGAUUUUUUAAAAAACGCUCUCGUGCGUGACUCUAUUGGAGCUCAGGAUGACGACGACUGCCGCGGACACAAACAACAACAACAACACAGGAGGUGUGAUCUCCUACGUGGGUUCACGUGGAGGCUCUCCGACCCGUACCAGUCCAGUCUCCAUGUACAGCGAGAACUCCAACUCUCAGCCCGGCUUCACCUCCUCCUCCUCCUCCUCCUCCUUCCUCAGCGGCAGCUCCAGUUCUGGAUCUGCAGGAGAAGACGGCUCCUCCUCAGCAGGAGGUUCACCUCGAGGCCGAGACGACGGAGGCUCUCUGAGAGCGUCGCCCAGCAAGUCUGUGGCCAGUCUCACCAAGCUGAACGGCAUGGUGCUGCUGUGUAAGGUUUGUGGUGACGUGGCCUCAGGUUUCCAUUACGGCGUUCACGCCUGUGAGGGCUGCAAGGGCUUCUUCCGGCGCAGCAUCCAGCAGAACAUCCAGUACAAGAAGUGUCUGAAGAGCGAGAGCUGCACCAUCAUGAGGAUCAACAGGAACCGCUGCCAGCAGUGUCGCUUCAAGAAGUGCCUGUCUGUGGGCAUGAGCCGCGACGCGGUUCGUUUCGGUCGGAUCCCGAAGCGUGAGAAGCAGAGGAUGCUGGCUGAGAUGCAGAGCGCCAUGAACAACAUGGUCAACAACCAGCUGCAGAAUGACUUCCAGCUCGCCAGCCUCUCCUCCUCCUCCUCCUCCUCUUCGUCCUCCUCUCCCAGCCCAGGGGUCACCAUCGCGCCCCAGCCCCAGCCUUCAGCCCUGCCACUCGCCCCUUCCUCCCCCUCCCCUCCUGCCCCAGCCUCCUCCUCCUCACCCUCUCCUCCGCCUCCCCCACCCUGUCAGAGCGCCCUCUCCUCCUCCUUCCCCAGCCCCGGGUUGGACUCCACCAUCAGCGCCAUUGCCCGCGCUCACCGUGAGACCUUCCUGUACGCUCACGACAAGCUGGCCAAUCCCCACGCGCCACCUCAGCAGCAGCAACAGAAUAACCACGCCCCCCACCACAACGGGGAGGCAGAGCACUGGGGACCCAACCGGUGCCCCAACGGUUACCAUGCCAACGGCCUCAACACCAUCUAUCACCAUAACAACAACCUGGGGACGGGGCGCUACCUGCCGCCGGACAACAGCCGCAACGUCUCGCAUAAUCACCAUGGCAACGGGAGGCGGAGCCUGCAUAACAGUAACCUGAUUGGAGGAGACGGGCUCGGUGAUCAUGUGACCCAGGGGCAGAACUGCCCAAUGAAGAACCGCACGGGGAUAGUGCUGGCCUGUCCAAUGAACAUGCAGCCUCAGGCCGACCCCUCUAAGACCCCUCAGGAGAUCUGGGAGGACUUCUCCCUGUCCUUCACCCCCGCCGUCAGGGAGGUGGUGGAGUUCGCCAAACACAUCCCAGGAUUCAGUUCUCUGUCCCAGAAUGACCAGGUCACCCUGCUCAAGGCCGGCACCUUCGAGGUGCUGAUGGUGCGCUUUGCAUCCCUGUUCAACAUGAAGGAACAGACGGUGACCUUCAUCUCUGGCGCCACCUACAGCCUGGAGGAGCUGAGGGCGAUGGGGAUGAGCGAGCUGCUGGGAGCCAUGUUUGACUUCAGCCUCAAACUGGCCGCACUGGAGCUGAACGCCCAGGAGCUGGGACUGUUCACCGCCGUGGUGCUGGUGUCUGCAGACCGGUCCGGUAUCGAGAACGUGGCGUCGGUGGAGCAGCUGCAGGAGAACCUGAUCAGAGCUCUGCGCUCACUGGUCAGCAAGCUGGCCGUCGCCCCCGGCAACAACCAUCACAACGUGGACUCGCCGCGCUUCACCAAACUGCUGCUGAAGCUGCCCGACCUGCGAACGCUCAACAACAUGCACUCUGAGAAGCUGCUGUCCUUCCGCAUUGACGCCUGAUGACCUCACUGAUGAUGUCACUGAUGAUGUAACUGCGCUCUCCGCUCAGACUCAGGUCAGCGUCACUUCCUGCGGUCGCUGGUGAUAAUAAAUAUGAUAUUGUGGUGCUCUCCAUCGCCAUGACGCCAGCUCAUUACAUCACCGUCCCAACGUGCUGAUGAUGUUAUCGAGCCACUCGGCCAACACCUGACACGGCGAUGAUGUCAUCACCAGAACUGUUCAGCACACCGCCAAAAUAAGAGUCUGCAUCUUUCAUCCCGAUGGCCGACUUAAAGGAACAGUCCGACGUUUUAAGAAUGCCUGUUAGCGUUUUUACCCAGAGAUGAUCAUUAGUAGUUUAAUCUCUGUGAAUACAGUACAGAGUGAUUAGCCUAGCUUAGCACAAAGACUGGAAGCAGGGGGAAACUGUUAGCCUAGCUCCGUCAAAACAGAAACAAUCCACCUUCCAACAACCAAAAGUCUGUUUGAGUCACAUGUUGUAUGUUGAACAGGUGACAUUGUGGUUUUAGCAGCAGUUAGCAUUGGAGCUAGUUGUUGACUUUAUCACUAUCAAAGUGAAGACUUUAUUUUUUUUACCUUAUAAAACUAUUUACUCAUUAAUAAUAACGAAAUUAACAUAUUUUAAUAAAUAAGUGAUUAUAAGAUGGUAAUGUGUGUAAUGGGUUGUAAUAUAUUUUGUACAGCUUAAGAAGUUUUUAACUGAAUUUUAAGCUUAAAUGUAAAAUUAAAGGCACUAUAAAUUAAUUUAAUGCUAUUUGGUACAUCCAAAGGUUUUUUUUUAACCCCUUAAAAACCAACUAACCCUCUUUAAUGCGAUCUGUGCGUGGAUGAAGGGUUUUUAAGGUCAGCUCUGAGCUCUGUCUGAACUAAACCUGCUGAGGAUGGUGACGAGCUUGUUAGCUAACAACAUACAACAUGUAAAUCAGACAGACUUUGAGUUGCUGGAAGGUGGAGCUAGGCUAACAGUUUCCCCCGCUUUCAGUCUUUGUGCUAAGCUAGGCUAAACAAACAACAAACGAGAACAAGAGGAUUUAUUAAAAUGUCGAACUCUUCCAGUAACUUUUUCCAGGAGAAAAAGGGGACAUCCAGAACUUCCAAGCACCACACUGACUUCUGGUGUGGAUCAAUAACUUCAUCUUAACUUCAUCCUCGUACUUUCAGCGUUCAAGCAGGAACGUCUGUUCGCCAACACCAGCCAACAGUACGAAGGAACAGCAGUGACGGACAGCUCCGCUGACCAAUGAGGCGCAGGAGGAGGGGCGAUGCGUUUACGUACAAAUCAGAAAAUCAGGCGUUACAGCGAGCUGCUGCGAGAAGCCUCAAACAGAUCUUCUGUAUAAAAACUGUAAAUAUACAAAUAUCCAGUUAUGCUUGAACUGUUUGAAGAACUGUGUUCGACACACAAAGAUAUAUUAUACAUCUAUAUUUUUUGUUAACAUGAAUAUAUGCCUGUGCAAAUACUGACUGUAUAAAAGUGCGUGGAGCACAAACUGUAUGUACAAGGUUUGAAACUGUUGAGUGUGAAAUGAAUCUAAUGGACAUGAGAUAUUCUGAUGUUUGUAUUUUAAUGUGUUUUAUGUUGUGAAGACAUUAAAUAUAUAUAUAAAUACA